AUGCGCGUAAGUACAACCGUCUUGAUAGCGACCGUGAGUCUCUAUUCUCGUCAACAUCAUAUAAGUGCGACGGAUGACGCUCGCAAUUUAGUGAGUUUUAACGAAGAGCGUGGCGCUAAUGUAUCGAGUCCUUCGACAUUAGAUGUCGAUACUUCUGCAGCUUCUGGUAGUCAAGGUUCGCCAUCUCUAUCAUCAUCAGAUGUCACGCAAAAGGAUAAAGACGCGCUAGUUCGAGAAAAGAAUCGCAUUUUGGAUGAAGCUCUUGGUGGUUCUGCUGGUAGUGACAAUAAAUCGAAAAUGGAUGCUUUGUUACGUUUAGAUGAGGAUGAGCUCGAUAAAAUGUUGGCCUCAUUUUCCACACUGGACCAGGCGAACAAAGGGAAUACAUCAAGUGCACCAGUCACGACGAAAGUGGAUUCAAAGGCAGUAGAUUUGCCAAAAGAUGGUAGUGGGAAAGACUCGUCGAAUGUGUCAGCUUGGCUUGCCAAGUACGGCGAUACUGAUGCCACUGACUCAAGUGGUAGUAGCCUCUCAAAUACACUGCAGUCAGCAAAGACUCCAAGUUUGCUCACCAGUGGAAGUGAUUCUGAUGGUUCUUCGAUGCCGAGUAAAGUCAAAGCAGGUGAUACAUCGAAUGUAUCAGCGUGGCUUGCAAAGUACGGUGGAAGUGAUUUAAGUGAUUCGGAUUCCUCCUCGAGUAAAAGCACAGGGGAGGGUAAGUCUAAUGUGUCAUCUUGGCUUGCAAAAUACGGUGGCAGUGAUGCAAGUGAUUCUGGUAAAAGUGACAGCUCGAAGACUUCACCAGAUCCCAAGCCUCCAGGAUCAGACACAUCUUAUAUGGAUGGUCUAUUAGCAUUAAGUGACAAAGAUCUGAAGCCUCCCAGUAUUGACAAUGUACUUAAAGGCACUGGAGCGAGCGCACCAGCCCCACCACCUGCUGAUGGCAGUGAUAAAGAAGAGCCUCCAGCUUCUACUCCUGCUCCAACGCCUGCUCCAACACAGAAAAAAUGUGAUUCGGGCUGGUUUGCCCAUACAAAAUCAUGGUUUAAGAAAAAAAUCUUUGGAAGUGACGAAUGUGCUCUUGACCGCAGACUUCGAACAUUUGAGGAAUAA